AUGGCUACGGGCACAACGCUUUGGUGGCGCCUGCCUGCCGAGAUUCAAAAUGAGAUCGUUAGUUUCCUACCAGUUGUCGGCGGGAAUUGCGGUCAGCUCGCGACCGUUUGCCGAACUUGGCGAUCAAUCAUAGAGCCGCUCAACUUUGCUGAGAUCACCCUGAACGCAUGGCGCCUCAUCGAACCCGAGUCUCAAGAUAUUCUAUCCCGAAAGAAAAACCAGAUCCGCUAUAUCUGGUUUGUAGAGCCUCGUGGUGACCUGACCCUCGAUAUCACUAUCUGCUCACCUAGUGACAACCAACACGAGUUCAAGUACCUGAGUUUUUAUCCAGACAUUUACCUAGACGGGCGGCCAUCUCCCGAUGGACCUGAGCAAAAUAUCACCCACCCGCACGACCCGUGUCACGGCUGGUUCGAGGGAAAGCAGAUCCCUGGUCCUGAUGAAGACGCCAUCAAUAUUUGUUUUGACGAGAUCAUGAGCCAUGGGCUUUUCGAUGAUGAGAGAUACGAAAUGGAAUGGUGGCGGAAUCGCCCUUUGGUUCCCGUCGUUGGGGUUGUGCUCCUUCGCCAACAAACCCGCCGGCGAUGGAAGCCGGUUGCGCUCGCCAAUAUGCUGGCGCGGUUUCCAAACAUGAAACAACUUUGUUACGAGCCCUGGAGAGAGUGGUCUGAUUUUCAGACGCAAACCGAUGAAGACUACCAGACGCUGAUCGAGUCCUUUGCCUCGACGAAAUUGUGCAAACUCAUGAUAUUCGAGAACUUCAACGAGACUUACCCAGAAAGGUUUGAAGUGUGUCCCGCUCUCAGAGAGCCGAAUCCAGCCGUGAGCCAGGAAUUUGCCCGCGCCAGUCAGCACCUUACGAUGCUAUCCGCCUCUUUCAUAGCCGAUGCCGUUCACUUCUUCGCAGCGCUGCAAGAUUCAUGGACGUGGGAUAAACUUACUUCACUGACGCUGACUUCAAGGGUCCUCGCUGACAGUGCGGAUACCUUGGGUAUCAACAAGAUGCUUCAAGACGCCGCCGCAGCAGCACUCAAAAUGCCGAGACUGGACACGAUGGAGUUGUGGACCGGCGGACGGAAUGUUGCAAUGCUCUUUCGCUACCAGAGAACUCAAGAAGGGAAGUCAGCCAUCAUCACCGUACGGGGGACAUCAGAGCUUACUCUGGGGGUUACGGUUAUGCAAGCUUAG